AUGUCGUCCCACUUGGAGGCAAAAGCGCUCGUCAUCGAACAAAAGGGAGACGACUUCAAGCUCGUGGACAUUCAGCUCGAUCCAAACAGGCUCGCGUCGGAUGAGGUCAUUGUACGCUUCAAGCACACUGGAGUCUGCCAUACUGACAUCCACUCCCGCAACACGAGCCCUUUAGACCUGUUGCCGGCAAUCUAUGGUCAUGAAGGCGUCGGCAUCGUGGAGCAUGUCUCGAACGCAUACACAGGUCCCUUCAACGUUGGAGACACAGUGCUUGCGAGCUUCUGCAGCUGUGGCUCAUGCAACAAUUGCCAGUCUGCCCGCUCCGCAUUCUGUGACCGCUUCGUACCCAUGAACCUUGCUCAUUUCACUAAGGAUGACAGGCACGUAACAGUGCCGUACAAAAAUGACAAUGGAGUACAGGGCGAAGCUAGAAUCAACUACUUCGGGCAAAGCUCCUUUUCAAGCCGCAUGUCAGUCAGUGAACGGAGCUUGACCAAGAUCAGCUCGAAUGUUCCUACAAAGCUUGCUGCUGCUCUCGCCUGCGGCUUCCAGACCGGCUUUGCCACAGUCUUCGAAAAGGCGCCUUCAGACAAGCAAAGGUCCUUCGAGCUCUUCGAAUCGGUCGGAGCUUCGAUUCCGGCCUCGGUCAAGACCUCAGCCACAUAUAAGCGUAGCAAGCAAACUCUGCUAGUCAGUGGUCUGGGUGGAGUGGGUCUCGGUGCCAUAUAUGCCGGCAAGGUCCUCGGCUUUGGCGCAGUGAUUGCUACUGACAUCAACGAUGAUCGACUGAAGCUUGCCAAGGAAGUCGGCGCUUCUCACACCAUCCAAGCCAAAGGUCUGGACCAAGACGCGUUUGUGGCAAAGGUUAAGGAGUGCUGUCCAGAUGGCAGGGGCGCGUCGCUGGCGAUAGAAGCUAGUGGAAGUGCAGCUGCCAUGGCCAACGACAUGAAAGCUCUUGCUGUAGGUGGCAGACUGGCCAUUGUUGGCAUUGGGCCUGAUACAGCGACAGUCCCUUACAUGCAGCUCUUGCCGACAGGAACUUCGCUCGAGGGCCUUCUCAUGGGCAACUCGCACCCUGAAGUCACGAUUCCUUUCCUGGUGAGCAAGCUCGAAGCUGGUGAGCUCAAUUUCUUAGAAAAGAUGGUGAAGGUGUACAAGCCGGUCGACAUGAACAUUGCCGUGCACGACCAAGAGAGUGGCCAGGUGAUCAAGCCGGUCAUUGAAUGGAACUGA